CUUCGGUACGCGAGCGGCUUGUAUGAGUAUUGCUAAGGGAUGAACCCUUUUUCUUUCCCGGGGUUGGGACACUGUUCGUUCGCCAUGUGAUCCCGCGCGCCCGCCGAUGGAUGGGUAGCCUUCGCAGCUCAAAUGAUGUCCAGAUCGCCAUUGUUUUCUUCCGUAUCGGUCGCACCGCCUGCAAGGCAUUCUAUGCAUUCUUCGUUCGUGUUUCAACCCGGGAACAGUACACGUACAUGCCCCUGUCGAAUAGCUCUGACAGUAGUGAAAUCCGCCUGAUUAAGCUGCACCCCGGUUCUGGCGAUGACCCUCUCCGAGCCGACAUCUUACAUGCUUCAUUGGAUCCGGAUGUAGUCGGAAGGUAUGAAGCAGUCUCGUACGCUUGGGAGGAUGGUCAUACAACAAACAAACUAGAAACACCGCGCGGUAUUCUUCUCAUCACGCCUUCUCUAUUUCACGCAUUGCAUCGAUUUCGAUUGAAACAAGAGUCCCGUAUACUCUGGGCGGAUGCGGUGUGUAUUAACCAGUCAGACAACGCGGAGCAGGCAAGUCAGGUGGCAUUGAUGAAUGAGAUCUAUGCAUCUGCUGCCUGUACACUGGUGUAUUUAGGCCGUGAGGCCAAUGGAAGCGAGAUGGUCGGAGAGUUGUUAGUUCAAUUUGCAAGGGCUAGCUUCUCCCUCUGCCGCUUAUAUGGAAGACAUGGAAUGGAAGUGUUGAGACAUAAUGGAUCGAUCUCACCUUCGAUGACGGAGAUAUUCGAGGAAUGUGGCCUUCCCGGCCUAGAGCAUCCUGCCUGGAAGGCGCUAGCCAAGCUCUGGGGAAGACCAUGGUUUCGGCGUGUGUGGGUAAUUCAGGAAUUUGUUCUCUCUCCGGAUGUUCGCAUGUUCUGUGGCGAAUGGGAGGUCAGUUGGUCUGUAUUCUAUGUCGCUACGAUCGACACAUAUAUGACAUCCUCCUUCUCGGUUGUUCCAGAUAUACCAAACGCAUUCGAUGACGCAGCAAUGCACAUGGGAACGGACGCUAUGCACAUGAUGUGUGUGUACCGGCGAUCUGCACUGUUAGAGACGUUACCCAUCUCAGAUGCUGAUAGUAUGCGAAUGUUGACCAUAAAUUUGGACACAAUGGUAUUUGAGGAACAAGAGGAGUUUAACCUGGCGAGAAAGAUGGAUCCGAAACUGAGGCUACGGGUGGAGGUAUCUCUUCUUGAUCUCCUUGGGCUAUGUGACAGGAGCAAAGCUACAAGAGCUCGCGAUCAUCUGUUCGCAGUACUUGGUCUAUCCAGCGCGACUGACGACGACCUUAUCCGGGCAGACUACUCUUCUACAUUUGACGAGAUAGUUAGGCGCUUCGGCAAAGCAUUUGUACGCAGGGGGCAGUGUAUGGACCUCUUAUACCGAGCUCGAUUGAACAUUCAAUCCUUGCGGUUUCCAUCCUGGAUCCCUGAUUGGACCACCAAGUUCGCCUUCAUGGGCGACGAAAUUGACUAUAGCAGCUUGGGGCUGCACAGUGGCGGGUUGUAUGCCGCCGCUGGCAAUACCCAGUGCGUAUCGUGGGUUAGUGAUGACCCAAAGGACGAUUGCCUUACAGUUCGAGGGAGGUUUGUCGACAAGCUGAGCUGGGUCGGCGGUGACCACAUCAAAUACGGCCCCAUACAUGGCCUACUAUACCGUCUUCAACAAUCUUAUGAUAUUAUCGCGGAGCUUGAAGAAACUUCUGAUUACUAUGUGACUGGUGAGUCACUUAAAGAUGUAUGGUGGCGGAUGCUGGUGGCGAACAAGACGAAGGGAUUCGGACCUGUCUCUCCAGAUUUUGGCAUCGGACUACGUUCCAAAUGGCAUGUAAUGCCCGCCUUGUGCAAUUUGCUAUUAUCAUUGCCUCCCGAGGAAGCCAAGGAACAACUUGUUGAAAUUAUAGGCCUUCCGUACUACAAGGCCAUAUACUCUUGUUACACUGUAUACCAGAUUGCCAAGACGGAGAAUGGGAUGAUUGGUCUCGUGCCGCUCCUGGCAGAAGCUGGCGAUCAGAUAUACGUCCUCAACGGUGGUGCAGUGCCAUUUGUUUUGAGGAAAGGGAAGCGACUGCUGAAUGGACGUCGGUUAGUGGGAGAAUGUUAUAUCCACGGACUCAUGAAUGGCGAGGCGAUACAGAGCGAAUAUGAAGAGAGAAAUAUCAGAUUGUACUGA